AUGAAUCGCACUACAAUUGUAUACGGCAGGACGAGACCACAAACCAUGAUGGAACGAUUUGACGGUUCCAGAGAAACCUUUGAACAAAUGGAUAGGGAAGAGAGGAUCUCCCGCAUCGUUGACGUGCUGGAGGGUUUGACUCACAGGCACAGUUUCGAGGUUACGCAGCCAGGUAGCAAGGAUCCAAGUCUAACAAUUGAGGCCAUGGGCAAGAAACCUGAAAUCUUGGAGAAUCUACAUUUGAACCUACUGCCUUUGUUCAAAUCCCAACUCUCUUCGCUUCUGAGCUCACUCGACCUGAUCGAUCCCCAGAAGAACCCCAAACCGGUCACCAAUCCAACUCUAGAGGCCUUAUCACAUGUCGAUCAGACUUUAGAGGGCAUUGUAUCUGCCACCGUCACACUCACCCUAGAAUCACCUUUACCGGACGAAGAUCAUGAUCAUCACUUAGAAAAGUUGAAAGUCUUCCGCUUCUCUCUUCUUAGACAGAAUAUUCAGCAUUUUGUCAGAUAUUUAAUCUACCACCAGUUAUUCCGCGAUCUUAAGGACUUCAUCGAAUGGUGCGCCAUGCCAGAUAGCGUCAACGAAGAUGAAUGGAUUUUGAAGGAGGGGUCCGAGUUGAGGGAAGUCAUCCAGACAAGUAUGGCUUUUUGUCACGAUACGAUCGACAUAACGAUCAACUGGUGCCAAAAAUCCGACUGGGCUUUGGUCCAAGAAGCUUGGCUACGGGCACAGGAUUCAUUUGAAGAGUCUCUAAAGAUGUUCACUUGCCGUACCAACCGCGCACUCAUAUCUACAAUGGAAGCCGAUCCUAGGUACGAUAAAAACGAGAGAAGCACCAAAACAAAGUUGAUAGUCCAAGUGGCCAAGUCCGCCAUACCGCUCGUCAAACUAGGAAGAAUCAUGGUCAAGAAGACUUCCCAAGCGAUCGCAAAGAAACUCAUAUCGGAAUCAGGUACAGAGCUCAACUCGCGGACAAUAAACCAAUUGUACUUUACCCCGGUAUCAAUCUAUAGUCCUCUCAAUAAGCUGGCCAACAUCUUAUACGUUUUCGAUCGCAUAGCCGCAGUAAUGCGUGUUGAUGAUCAAGACGACAUUCGUUCCUCAGUCCAAAACCUUCCAAAAGACAUGGAAUCCACCUUAGCCGACCUAACUACUUUCCUGUUUCCUUUUCUGCCCCAAAUCAAAAACGAUUCGCCUGGAACCCAGCUUAAGUCCUUCUUUCCAAACUUGAAACAAUCUUGGGAUAAGGCGAGUGAUCAAUUGAUGGAUGUUAUCUCGUCCUUCGAAGUUGAACGCGUAGUCAUUUGA